GACCCAGCCAGCUCGACGCUUGGGCCAAUGAAUUGGCAGGGGGAGGCAGCGGGAGCUUCGUCGCCUCGCUUCAACCUGGAGAGCAAAGGUGCGCGGAGUCGAGGCAUCUCAUCCAUCCCCCUCCGGCCUUCCGACCUUCCAAGCCCUCCGAUCCCGCUACCAAAUACGCCAAACAUUCCAAACACGCCAAAUACACUCAGCUAGCCCUGUCGAGAAUCCGCAGCCGGGCAUUGCCUGCAUAUUCCUCGUCAGAUCCACCGUCGACAAAACCACCCCGCGCACCAUGGCGGACGCUGCUCUGAAGCCCGAGAGGGACCUCAGCAAGGAGGCCGAUGUGCAAAUCCCCGAAGCUGAGAAGCUCGCUAAGAGUGAUAUCCAAGCUGCCAUCGAGAAGCUCACCGUCUUCGAGAAGCAAGCCCGCCAGGCCUCCGACCUUCCUUCCACCUCCCGGACCUUGGUCGCCAUAUGUACCAUCUGCAAGGACGCCGGGAACUGGAACCUGCUCAACGACCAGGUCCUCGUCCUCUCCAAGAAGCAUAGCCAGCUCAAGCAAGCCAUCACGAAGAUGGUCCAGACCGUCAUGUCCUUCCUCGACGCCACCCCAAACCUGGAAACCAAGCUUUCCGUCAUCGAAGCCCUACGCACCGUCACCGAGGGCAAGAUCUUCGUCGAGGUCGAGCGUGCUCGCGUGACCAGGAUCCUAUCCGACAUCAAGAAGCAGCAGGGCGACCUCAAAUCUGCCAUGGAUAUCCUGUGCGAACUGCAGGUCGAGACCUUCGGCUCGAUGGAGAGGCGCGAGAAGACCGAAUUCAUACUGGCACAAGUCGCCUUGUGCAUCGAAAACGGCGACUGGACCCAGGCCGGCAUCCUCAGUCGCAAGAUUAGCACGAGAUACCUGGCCCGCAAGCCUAUCAAGACACCAGAGCAGGUGGAGAAGGAGAAGAAGGCCCGCGAAGAGAAGCUCAAGCGCGGCGAGGAGGUUCCCCCGGAACAGGAGGAUGACACCACCGACCUGAAGCUGGCGUACUACGAGCAGCAGAUCACGCUGGCGAAGCACGACGACAAGUAUCUCGACGCUUGCAAGCACUACAGACAAGUGCUCGACACCGCCGCUGUCGAGGAAGACCCUGCCAAAUUACAACCGGUCCUGCAACGCAUCAUAUACUUCGUUAUUCUCGCGCCUCACGACAACGAGCAGCACGAUCUUCUCCAGCGCAUCUUUAGAGACACCCGAAACACCCAAAUCCCCGUUGAUGCUUCGCUACUGAAACUCUUCACGGUGCACGAGCUUAUGCGAUGGCCCGAAGUUGCUAAACAAUACGGGCCACAUCUUUGCGGGACGGACAUCUUUGACGAACAACCGAACCAAUCCGCGGACGACAAGGCGCAUAAACGCUGGCAAGACCUGCGUGGGCGCGUCAUCGAACACAACGUUAGGGUCGUCGCCAAAUACUACACGCGCAUCGGCAUGAAGCGCUUAACCCAACUGUUGGACCUGACGGAAGACGAGACGGAGAAGUAUAUCAGCGACCUGGUAUGCUCCAAGACGGUCUAUGCUCGUAUCGACCGCCCCGCCCGUGUCGUUAGCUUCGCCAAGCCUCGAGACGUCGAUGAUGUCUUGAACGAGUGGAGCCACAACAUGAAGAGCCUUCUCGGCCUCUUGGAGCGCGUCGAUCAUCUCAUCACGAAGGAGGAGAUGAUGGCGCGGAUCCAGCCCGGAGCGGCGAAGGAGAAGAAGGGCAAAAAGAAGGCGUGAUGACGUUUCUACGAAUAAGUCGAUAUAACCAGGGGGGGGGGGGGACUAAGGUAGUGCUUUCGGAGCUUAGACGGCUUUGGGUUUCCUCGGUAGGGGAAAAAGGGGCCAA